CACCGGCAUGCGGUUGGAUGAGCAUUGACAGAGGCUAGCCACUGCGAGCGUAGUGUCAAUAAUUAUAGGGACGCACACUCGAACGUGAAAAGUCAAUAGGAGCCGUCCAUGUCUGUGAAAGAGGCCGUAUGAUCGACGCGAACCCACGUACAGGUUCCGCGUCGUUCAGGGCGUCGCAGAAUCGCACCCGCUGCUGGGAGACUGCUGAUCUGGCAAACAUUACCUAUCCUUGGACAGGGCCAAUCUUUGCAGUAUCGCUGCGCAAGCCGGGCAGAAGGUCGGCAGACUCGGGUAGUGCGACGAGCCGCCAGAGCGUAUACGUCCGAUGACAGCGUGCGCACCGCAGCUUCCACUGUAGAUGCACGUAGAGAAGAGCAGGGCGGUGUGUAACUGAGAUGGAGCGAAUCUUGUUACAGUCGUCUGCACUAUGUCAAACCGCAGUCGUUCGCGCGUGAGCGAUGCUUUGUGUUCG